AUGGAAGGAGACAAAAACGACCAACAGGAGAAAGGAACAAAACGGAAUGAAAACGAUGAGUAUCACGAAGAUGAUGUUCUGGAAUGUGGCCAAGAUGUACAAUUCUGGGAGUUUUGUUCCCAGGGUCGGGCCGCGUGGCAGGAGCGCCAAGGGGGAAGGCGCUGCUCGCUCUCCGAAGAGGCGCACCAACACCGCCUCAAACAGGUUGAAGCUCAUCAUCGAUGGAUGAAAAGGAAUAGAAUACACGAUUCUAGCUAUGGCGGCGAAUCCGAAGAGGACAUAUUCGCGAUCUACCACCAGAGUGCCGCGGCAAACGCUUUACUUUACGUCGGACUUGGAACUACCGCUAUUGGAAGUGUAGUUUUCUUUGUAGGUUCGGGUGAUAAAGGUUUCAAAACCUUGGAACUUCGUUUAAUUGGGCCUACGCUAGUCGCAUGCGGCCUAUUAUGUUGCCUAAUACGUAUUUUAUUAUGUGCGUGUCCGUCGACGUGUAUAAGAAGGAGGAAAAAGACGCGUCUUAAAAACGUUUGUCCGCAUAGUACAAGUAGAUUUCCAUUGCAAGAACGUGAGAAACACGCAACGGACUUUGUGGCCAUCGAUCCGACCACGUCGUUAAUAUCGAAGCACAAGAAGAGGGUGUCGAUCGCGCAACAGAAACCCAUACCCAGUACGAGUACCGCUGAAGACUUUCCCUCGCACUUAGUAAACGAAAACGAAGAUAGGGUCCAGUUCAAGCCCACGAUUCCUAUAAUUACCGUUCCGGAUUUCACGGAAUUUCACUCUGGGGGCGCAACAAAUUUACAUAGGGACGAAUCUAGUAUAGAGUUACAAAAUUUAGAAUUGGCCUACGAAUUAGAGAGUGUAUCUAGUAACGAUAGUGACAGUAUUGUUAUCGAAAACGAAACCAGUAGAGCACCAUCAAAGUUAACUCGAAGUCGUGUUCCCGUUCACGGCAAUAUUGUUGACACAUCGUGCGAUAAGGAGACAUCUUUAAGCGUAGUCGUCGAAAAAAGUGACCAUAGUGAAUGUGGCAAAAACGACAAAACUAUCAGCGAAAGUGAGAGACUAUCACAUAGUGGCAUUCUGUUAAGUCCAUUACAAUUAGAACAAUAAGACUUUGGAUAUUUAGGGUUUUGUUAAUCAAAGUUAAAAUUCAAACAAUGCGUGUCACUCGCGGCAUUCUUGCAAUAGGUAGAUAGUGCGAGAGUAGAUCUCGCCAUCGGUCACACAGCGUAGCAAAUAGUUCCUAUAAUUACAGGCAUAGUUUGAAUUUUCCCAUUUUUUUAAUAGUAAAUAAAUGGAAUUGAUUAUAAUGAAGUAACGCGCGUCAUCCAUGGAUGAUGUCUUGCGUUAUGGUAAUCCAAGGUGAUUUUACAAAUUUAGGUAAUGCUAAGAGGUGUAUAUUUAAAAUCUAGUGUGCCUAGUUAUUUUUUAUGAAUUAUUUGUAACUUUAUAAAGACCUGCUUCAUUAUCAUGAGAGUAACUACUUAGUGUUGCCAUUUUCUCACCUCAUAUCUUCGCGCCCUACAAACCGCACGGGGCGACACCCUUUAGUUCGACUGAAAACAAAAUCGAGGUACCUAAUUAUAAUGUAAAGGAGGAAUAAGGUGGCUUUGUAAUUUUCAAAAUACGAGUAUAAUUUUAAUUCGGUUUAGAUUUGACCAUAUCGGUGUGCAAAUGAAAAAUUCAUAAUUGUAUUUAAAAAUAGCUUUAACUCUUUUAUGACACUUUAGAGCACGUAAUUUGUUUCGAAUUAUGAAUCAAAGUGGAAUAACUCUAUUGUUUAUUUUAUUAAAUUUAAUACUAACAUAAUACGGCUUCUAUCACAAUUGCUGUCACACCAAUUAACAACUAAAGAACAAACUGCUGUACUGUAUUCUAUAUUGUAAACCUAAAUAGAGAUUGUAUAACCAUUUACAUGUAUAAAUAUUUAAGUCUUAUAUAAAAUAUUACGUUUUUCUUUAUUUUGUCGAAUUUUAUAAAAGACUUAAGAUAUUAGGAAAUAAACGAUGUUAGGAUGCUAUAUAAUUAUAAUGGGUACAUAUCGUUAUAAGACAAAAUAAAAC